CACGAAACCAACAGAAGGUGAUCAGUGUGUUUCACUGAUUUGAAUAUAGAGCGAGGUGAUUUUGUCGAGGUCCUCCUCCUCCGCCUGCUCCGGUGACGCCUACCAUUCCUCAGCCUGAGCAGAGCUCGCUGCUGUGCUGCAACAGAAGUGGUGGAGUAGAAGAAAUCGCGUCAGUCGCUUUUGAGACGAGCAGAAGGCUUUUUCUCGUCCUGCCGUUCCUUAUAUUACUUAAAACUGGAUGUAAUAUGGAUGGAAGGACGUUACUGCCGCUAAGAGGAACUAUUUUGCCCAAGAAGACUCGGGUUGUUUGAAACCACUGCAGGUCAGCUGGAAUUCGAGAAAGAGAGCAUUACCAUUUGAACCUACUACAAGGCUUAACGGAUGAUGAAAAUGCAAUCCUGCGGCCUGACAAAUGGACAACACCAACAGAUUAGACCAGCCUCACAACCCUCACAAGCUGGUCCUCCUCGUCUUCAUGAGCCAAUGACAAAUUGCCAAUCUUGGACUGGAAAUAACACAUUUCACUAUGCAGCAAGAAAUGUAGGAGUCCAAAAUGCACAUGGUGGACAUUUCCCUUUGCAUAAUGGAGCUUAUUCUAACAGACAAGUGUCAAAUUUGCAGACUUCCGCAGGCACUUAUCAGGGGGCUUCUUCUCAGACUGGUGGAGGCGAUAGUAAUGACUAUUAUUUCAGGUUGUUACUCAACAGUCUUCAGAAUUCAUCAGCUAAUUCACAGAGUGGAAACCCAUGUUUGCCAGCCUCGGGAUUUCAAGUUCCCGCUCUGCAAGACUUUCAUCAGAAUUCAUCAACCCAGAGUCUACCGAACCAGAUCAACUCAAAUGCUACAUAUCUCCAGAAAGACAUGUCAGCAAAUUGGAAAUGGCCCGUGGCAGUUAAUGAGAAACAAACAAUGGGGACACAAGAUGGUAGAACUGUGACGGAUUUCCAAAAUGUUAGGGUUCAGACGGGCAUGCAGCAAAAUGUUAUUGGAGCCUUGACAAAACCUAUUUCCGCAUACUCUACAACAGCUACAUCACUUGCACCUGAACAGGCUUUAUGCACCAGCACAGUAUCUGCCUCUGAACACUCUGUAUACUCUGUGCAGGUUGUCAGUAGUCAGGUUCAUGGACAAAAGGACACUCAGCAUGGAUUCUCUGUCAACUUACCGAGUUAUUAUACGGUGACCUCUCAGCCUUUAGGAAACAAAAACGUCGCCACACACACACCGUCAAAUGCACAGAAUUCUUACCUUUCCAGCACAAGCCAGAAAACUCAGCAAUACCCAGUUCAGCAAUCCUUAACCCACAAUAGUGGGAUCAAGGUCGUCAACUCAAGUCACUCAAAUUCACAUAAAGAGCAUGAAACUGUUCUCCUCUUGGCAAAAAAAAGAGAGCUUCCCAGAAGUCCUUUUACACAACAGCACGUGCCCAGGCACAUGUUAAGUGCAAGUAGUUUAUGUAAUUCAAACACUCCUGGCUCUGAUGGUUGUCCCCCUCCUCCUCCGUACAGUAGUUCAAAUUACAGAAAGCAGCAGUCUGUCAGAACCACCACAAAGACCUUGCCUUAUCAAUGUAAUAUGCAGCCUGGGACUUCGGUUGUCUCUAAAAAUUGUAAUAACUUGAAUGCCAUCCAGUUCUUGCAAUGCCAGUCUGGGCAGUCUUUGCCUAAAACCACUCAGAGUGUAAGGUCAGUAACACAGCACAGUGUAAGGCCACCCCUUCAGCAAAACUCUGUACCAAAUAUUAUUCAUGCCUCAACUGCAGGAAAUGGAAGUGGCAUAAAUAAGUCAAAUGAUGCAUUUCUUCCUAACAAAAAGUAUAGCCGAAUUGGAUUGUUGAGUGACUCAUCUCUGCCGAUGCCAUUGACUGAGAACAUUUCACCACAGGGAAACGAGACUCAAUCAUCUGUAGCAGGUGGUUUUGAGAUGCCAUCAAUCCAGCAAAACAAUAGCUCUGUUCUUUCAUCACCUGGACACACAGGCACCAAAGCUGUUGCUGUUGUACAACCACUGCCAUCACUGGAAAGUCACAUUCCCAAUAGUCAUGCUUCUUGUGAUUCCAUAUCAGGUGACUCGUUAAACAACCCUGAGAAAAUAUUUAUUUCACAGGCUACAGCAAUCAACAGAGAGGCUACAUAUUUGAAGGACUGUGAAGCCUCUUCGCAAACUUUAGAUUCAGGGACCCAAAACACAAGGAAACAACCUGAAUGUGAUGUUAAUGUUGUGCAAGUGCAAAACUCAGUACCAUCUGCAGUACCAGUAAGCCAAAACUGUCCUAAAGACCAAAGUAGGAUGGAAACACUUUCAACAUCACAGGGGUCUGACCUUUCCUCACUCCCAACAACCCCGUGGACUGCAGAGGCACUAAUAAAUUUAAUAAGAUAUACCGAAAAAGCCCAGAAAGAGCCUGAUGAUUUGAAAGAGUGUAACCCUACAAAAAAUAUAUUAGACUUGUUUUGGGAUGGCAAACUCAAAACAUUACACACUUCACGCACAUCAGGUUUGCUCAAGGAUUUAUUUGCAGACGUUAAGAACUUCUGCCAAAGUUAUUUUAAAAAAGGCUCUGUUGUACUGUGGCAGGUAAAUGGCAAUUUUGAGGAGCAAAUGAAAAAUUACCAUGUCCUCAAAGAUGAUGAAGUCUUUUCAGAAUUGCCUUACAAAUCAUCAUGGUUAAAUGUCAGUAAGCAGUUAGAUGAAAUAGACAAAGAAUUUGGCUUCCCGUGGACUUUGAACUAUCACAUUCCCAUGCUUGAGAGUAGCCAGAAAGAAAUCCAGACAGAAAGCCAGAAAGAUCAGGUGAACACCAACAACAGUAUUCCUGCAUUUGUAAGCAAGGUGCCAACCAAGGUCUUGCCACCAAUACAUUUUGAACCUGUGAACUCAGGUGAAGAAAAAGAAGCCACCACACUUGAAGCCCCCUCAAGUCAAAAUGCUUCCCCUAAUAAGACCGAUGAUGCCAGUGACCCAUGUCUAUUAUUGAAAAUCCAAGUUUUGCCUCCAGAAGAGGCCAAACAUUUCUAUGAGCAACAACCAGAUGAGAUGCCACAAAGUAUGGAUACAGAUAGUCAGGCAGAGAUGAUCAGGAGUAGUUCCAUGGAGAGUGAGACACCUGAUGAUACUGAGACCACAUCAAGUGAAUCAAAAGAAGAGACAGGGGAAAUCGGUCUGACUAAAGAGAUUUGCUGUCUUGCCAAGCUGGUGGAAAUGGUUUCAGGAUCAAGCACACAUUCUCUGUGUAAAUGCCAGGACCAGGAAGAGCAAAAUUAUGAAGACAGCACCAGUAAGAUCCUUGAUAAUGGUGAGACUGUUGAGCUAAAGCACAAUAACCAGUUUGAGAUUAUUCCUGGCAGCAAGUUUUACCCUGCAAUGGAAGGAGAGGAUCUAGUACAGGGCAAAGAGGACAUUGGCAAUCAAAUUUUGGUAUUUAGUGGUUCUGAGCUUUGUAGCACUCCCAGUCAAAUGAUUGACUUAACCAAAGAUGACCAACCUGAGUCUUCUAAACAAAACCCCCAGAACACUUCCCAAAAAGCCGAUAGUAGCCAUUCAGACAUUAUAUUCAUAAGUGAUGAUGAAGCUCUCUCCAACAGCAAAAAUGAAAUUCUUAGCCAGGCGACAUAUCUUGCCAUAAAGACAUCUGAAUGUGAAGAUGAGUGUGGACAAGAACAACUGAAGUCUACAGAAACUAAGCAGUCGGGCGCUUCAGUCAGUGACAAAGCUGAAACUGAGAAAUUCAGUAGUGCUGAGAGUGAAAUUGUCAUCCAGGUAUUGGAUCCUUUCAGGAGCUGUGAAGAAGCUCCAGAUGUGGCAGCCUCCUCUUUGGAAACCAAAGGACAAACUGCUAAGAGUGACUUUAAGGCAUCUUUCAGCCAAUGUGUUGAACAUAAAAAAACUAAAAGAAAACACGAGCCACUCGAAUGUCAUGAUGAAUUAGGUCCACCCCAAAAGGAAUCGAAGAAAUACAAUUCCUCCGUUGAUCUGAAUUUACAGCAUGCCCUUGAUGGUGUUUCAAAAUGUGACAAAGAGCUUGUUGGUGACCGUUCAAAAAGAACUGUUGAACUAGUGCUGUUUGGCUCAGCUCAACAAGACAGGCAUGCUUUAUCUGACAGUAAACAGACCCAUUCACCAUCUCUAAAGGAAGUGUCUAAUGCAGCACGGAGGCCUCCAGAAGUUCUUACAGUGAAUCUCAACACUUCGAGUAGCAAAUCCUGUGAAGCUGUCUACACAGGGAGUUAUUCUGUCAAACAACAGAUUCACGAAAAAUGGUGGAGAAGUUUUCAACCAACUAAGGCUAUGUACAGAAACAAACUGAAAAGGCUUAAAUGCCGUUCUGACUCUAUACCUGGACCAAGGCUCAAGAAUGAUAAGCUGUCAGUUUCAUCUAAAAUGAAAGUCUUUGAUGGAAAAUCCAAACGCUCCCAGAGUCUGAAGAUGGAGAGGUCCCACAUUAAGAGGCUUGGACAGGAGAACGGUGUUUUAAAAUUCAGUGUUCUGCCCAGUAACUUCAACUUCAAAGAUGGAGCCAGUGGGAGAAAGGAAUUCACCGAUCCUGUUUCAGAUCCAGAUUUUAAAGAAAAGGACCAGAACCUCAAGACAGAUGUCACAAUGCCAAAAGGUAUAUGGUGUCCGAGUCCUAAGAAGAAUUAUAGCCCUCUACGCAUUCCUAAGACCUUCGGCCUCUUCCACGAAUAUCAGAAGAAAUACAAGGAGCGUUCAUCAAAGGAUAAAUAAUGUGACAGAUUUUUCUUUUCUCCUCAGGGAAUUUUUUUCAUUUGAAACAUCUACUACAAAGAUUGCUACUAAAACUAUGCCUUUUGUCUGUUUGUACUGUGUGUAUAUAUAAGCAAUACAUUAGGAGGCUGUGCCAGUUUUUGGAAACAGCUGUUUGUGGUUGUUUACAUGCUUGUAAAAAAUGCUGCAGUCAUGCAUCACGUAUAGUUACUGACUGCCCUUUUGAGACAUGUGAACUGUGACUCAGUGGACUUUACAAGUCUGUUAAAGUGUAGUGCGCGCGCACGCACACACGUGCGCCUGCAUGCAGACUUGUGUUCAUUCAGUCAGUAAGCCAACAUGUUCAAAAGAACUAAAGCUGUACAUAUCUAAAAGGGUUUUUUCAAAACAUUUUAUACAAAGAAACCCUCCACAUGUAACGUUUACACUUUGUAUUUUUACUUGGUUUUUCUACACUUGCAGUAUUUGCAUUUAAACUUUUUUUUAACCAAUAAAUUAUCUCUUUUUUUUUACAUAUGUUUUAAAUACCUUUUAUUAGUUCAUACAUAGAUUGAUAUAAGUUGAAAAUUGUGUUUAAAGAGCAUUAGAGGAAAACAGCCUGCCUCCUGGCAAAAUGAUUGUUAAUCUAAAACAAACUCCAAAAAUGAGAGGACACUGAAGUGGUAACUGUUGGUUAAUUUCAUUCCUUGCAGCUGUCCUCUUUGCUCAUCUGUUAUCUCAAUACAUUCAACUGUCUUGUAACUAAGCUGUUGUAUUGUUAUUAAUACCAAAUCAAAAGGGUUUAUGCAAGUCUUUCUGAUUUUAUUGAAGCAUGAGCAGAUGUAGCCUUUUCAGAAACUGCAAACCUAAAGCACAGCUUACCCUAAAGCAGUUUGAGGCUACAAAUUUAAACAUAGUCACUGAGUGACUUUUACUUCAGUGGUUUUAUUUCAUGUUCAGCUGCUUCGAUACUCUGUAACCAUAUCAUUCAAUAGUAUUCAAUCACUUUAUUACCUGGAAUAUUAAAACAAAUUGAAGAUAAAUAUUAAAUGAAUAGACUACUGCAUUCAAACCCUUAGCAUUGACCUUGGGCAGCUGUUUCCUUCCUUGGUAAUCAUUUCUUCACUGCUGCUUUUACUGUGUUGCUUUUUUUUUUUUAAAUCUUCUCCUUCAAUGGAGCCUCGGAGUUUCCCAUCCCAGGAUUAAAGCUUGUGUUUUUUUUUUUUUUUUUGUUUGUUUUUUUUUAAACCUGUUUUCUGGAAUUGGCCCUAGCUGUCAAUUCUUAUCAGCACCAGAUGUGGCCCUGCACCACUUCAGAAUGCUAAAAACAACUAACGACAUUGCUGUUCAAACAGUAAUAAUUUAUGGGCUUGUCAGAACUCUCCUAAGGGGACUUUUGUAUGUAUGACAAGACUGAUUCUUGACUCCCCAGUUCUUAAUCCAGGACUACAAACACUGCACUCAUGCAAUUGUAGUGUCUGUAAUUGUUAAAGCCACAUUAACAGAUCUGUCUGAAAUGACACAAUAAUCUAAAGUUUCAUUGUGAGAGUCACAGCCUCUUACUUUCAGAUUCAUUUCUGUAACACCACCUGGUAAACUUCCAUUCAGUGAUGAGAUGUUGCUGGUUGAGAAACUGUUCUUCCCUGUUAAAGUUCCAUCAAACUAGCAGAUGAUGCUUUCGCCAUCUGUUUAAACUUUCUGAAUAUUUCUGUUUUGCUUUUGUUGCCAGCUCUCAUCAGCCUUCACAGUAUUCUGUUUUCUGUUUAUUUGUAUUGUAGUUCAUAGAAAUAAAUUUUUACUGGUUCA